AUGGAAUCCUCCAAGCAGCCCGUGAAGUUGGUCAAGGUGACCCGUGUCCUCGGCCGUACCGGUUCGCGCGGUGGUGUUACCCAGGUCCGCGUUGAGUUCAUGGACGACCAGAGCCGCAGCAUCAUCCGGAACGUCAAGGGUCCCGUCCGUGAGGAUGACAUCCUGUGCCUGCUCGAGUCUGAGCGUUCUCUACCACUGCAGGUGGUCACGAUCCUUGCAUACGUAAACAUGCUGGCGGCGCCUAAACCGCCCCAGGGCCAUUUCAACAUGCUGUACUUCGCGGCAGCCACGUCGUAUACGCACAAGGACUAUGAGGCGCUGCCGGCACCUCUGCCGCUUUCACAUCUGUUCGCAGCGCUAGAGGCGCGGUACAGUGGCAUUAGGGCAGACGUGCUGGACGCAAGUCUGGUGACGAUCAACCUGGAAUAUGUUGAUGUGCCCGGCGAGGACAAUGGCAGUGGUGAAUCCGUCAUAAUUCAGGAAGGCGACGAAGUUGCCAUUAUCCCACCAGUGAGCUCGGGCUGA